AUGGCUCAAUCAACCCGUACACGACUUCUACGUGUUUCGAGACCCGAACAAGAAAUUCAUGUAAUAACAAAUCCAUCUGAUGUAACUAAUGCAUCUCUACAAGUUCCAGCUGGUAAAUCUCGUACUUCAAAAUCUCGCACUUCAAAAUCUCCAUCUCCAUCAUCUUCAUCGUCUCGAGGCUCUCGUAAACGUUUGACAGAACCUGAUUAUCAUGCACCACAAACAGCUACAGCUCUUCGUCAGAAAUCUCGUUGGUUAAUUGUACGUCGUAAUUUACAUCGUAUUCGUUUUAUGGGUUAUAAUGAACGUGGACGUGAUAAAUCCGUACCAGAUUUUUAUAUUGGUUUACAAAUGAAACGUGAAUUAAAACGUGCACAAGAAGAAAUAAAAAAUAUUGAUAGAGAAGAAAAUUUUUAUGCUGUUAAACAUUUUAAAUUAGCCGUUGAUGAGACUCGUAUUAAAGAUUAUGAUACAAGUCAUGUUAAACCAGGAGAUGCACUUAUUUAUGAUCGUCUUGGUGAAGAACCAUUAGCAUUACAAAAUUUACUUUAUUAUUUUAGUAAACAAGAUGUACCACAUGGAACAGUUUUUUGGGAUUUUUUAAAUGAAGUUAAUAGUGUAUUAAAUAUGCAAAGAAAACGUACUGUUCUUAUUCAAAGAUUAAGAAAACUAGCAUUAACAUUAUCAUUGAUUUUGUAUACUAUUAUUGGUUUAAUGCUUUUCCUAUUAAUUGUUAGUGUAAUUACAACAGCAACAAAAAUGAACGAUCCGGAAGUGCAAUGGUUAGAACCCAAUGUUGAUAAAUCCACAUCUAAACUCUUAUCAAUAUAA